AAGAAGAGAAGAAGAAGGGCUCAAGCUUUAAGAAGAUUAUUAAAGCUUAGGGGGGCUAGCUUAAGAAGUGGAGGGAUCAUCCUGUGCCAAAAGUGAAAACAUUCAGAUCUGAUCGGAGGGGAUCAAAAUCCCUAGCAGCCUCCAUUCCCAAAUCGGGCCUGACAUCUCUCCUCCUCUCCCUCACCCCUUCUUCUCCACCUCCGGCCGCCGCUACGGCCAGGCCAGCGUGGCCGCGUGCCAACCAGUACCUCCACCAUCUCCCCGCGCCGCCUAGUACCUCCACCACUCGGUGACAACGUUCCCCACGUUCCCCUCGCGUCGCUCUCAGGCGACGCCAGGGGAACCCUAGUGCUGCCACCGCUCAAGCCCUCCUCCCUGCUCCCGUUCGCCGCCGCUGCCGCCGGCCUUCGCCGCGGUGGCGGGGGUGCUCUCUCCCUCUCCCAGGGCGGCGCUGGAGGCCAGUCUCGUUGACUGGGACGGCGGCGGUUGGCGGACCAAUGCGAGGAGGCCGGGGCGGCGGCCCCGGCACGAGCUGGCUGGUGCGCGGCAGCUCGGCUGGUCUACGCUCGACGGCGGCGACAGCUUUGGCCACAGGGGUGGCGCAGCCUCGCCGGAUCUGGGCUCUGGUGCCUGGAUCCGUGCGCGGGAUGGUGGUGCUGCGCGACGGCGGCCGCGGGAAGCUGGUGGCUACGUCCAUGUUGGCGCGCAGGGGCGCUGGUAGGGCGCCGCGGCCGCGGUUAUGGCUGUGUGUGCACCUGGCGUCAACUGCGGGCUCGGGCGAGGAGCAGUGUCGAUGGUGGUUCAGGUGGAGGCAGCAGCUCGAGCGGGACUUCCCUCCCGUCUGGUUUGGCUCGGUUUGCCAUGGCCGCGGCUGGAGGUUGAAGGAGGCUGCCAAACUGAGGAGGAGGUGGUUGGUGGUGGGAUGGAUGCGUGGCUGUGGUGGCUGUGGAUGUGGAGGAGCUGUCCUUGGCCGACACUGGUCAGGGUGCUGGAGAUGGUGGAGGCUGGUGUGCUGCGUGUUGCGACGUCCCCCGUCGUGGUGGUCGGCCCGAGUGAGCAGCUCCGGAAGUUUGGGUUUUGUGAUCUUGGGCUGGGAGAAAUCCCUGCUUCGCGAUGUCGUGGCUUGCAACGGCGACGUCCAUGGACGCCGUCCCCUCCAUGGAGGCGUUGCUUUGGCCCCGAUCCAACUCCCUUCCUUGUGCUCAGGGGAAACCCUUGGUCCGUUCUUUGGACCAGGCAACGGCGGCGCCAUGGCGUCGUUCCCUUCUUGGAGGCGUCGUCUUGUUGCUCGAGGAGUUCCGGUGGCACGGCUCACUUCGGUGUCAGCUUCUACUAUGGGUAUGGGCCUCCUUGGCGCAAUGUACACCAUCGCGGGCGCUGUCUCGAUGAUGCCAUCUCUAGGUCCGCCCAGGCCCUGCCGUCCACCUACCGACUUCUUCUUGCGCAAUCGGUGGGAAUAUGCAAGGUUGAUAUAAAGAGGGAGAAUACCGACAACUGGAAUUCUGGACCUGCAAAAACUACGUCAGAUUUACCUAUUCUGCACAUCUUCAAAUGAGCUGAAAAAUUACGGAGAAUUAUUUUGCAAUAUAUGAGGAAUAUUUGAGCUAAUAACCACUAGAGAGGGCCCACCAGGUGGGCACAGCCCACCUGGGCACGCCAGGGAGCCCAAGCGCGCCCUGGUGGGUUGUGCCCUCCUCGGCCCACCUCCGGUGCCCCUCCUCUGAUAUAUAAGUCAUUUUGACUAAAAAAAGGAGAGGAUU